UCAUUUUUUCCCGAUUUUUUUCCGAUUUUUGUUCGAUCAUCGUUUAUGUGGUCCUCUGUUUCAACCGUCUCUUCAUCUGACUCUUAGAUUGCUCUUUCCUUGUGUGGAGUGUUUCAUUUUCAAGUUUAUCAAUAUAAUAAAAGAUAUAUGAUCGAUUAUGUAGGAAAAUCGAAGAUUGUUAGGUCGGUUGUAGGCAGUUAAGUUAUCUUUACUGAAACGAUUGAUCCGUCGGAUUAGAAUUUUCGAUUUUGAUUGGGUUAGGGCUGUUUUAUUUGAAUGGCUUCUUCUCCGGUUAGUCUUCUGGAGCUCCGUCGUCGUGGCUCCUUUCUAACACCCGAGGAAGAUGGUGGAUCCUUAUCUUGACGCGUGUUUCUCAAACGCUAGCGUUAGAACACGUGGUGGGUGACUGAUCUUUUCUUCUCCAACGGUUUUCUUUUGUUGGACUUAGAUCAUCUCCAACCCCACUUCAUUUUUCACUUUUUGUUUCAUUUUGAAGUAAGUUUUGCUCUAAUCCUACUUCAUUUUUGGCUUCAAAAUGAAGCAAUAAACAGUGUUGCUUCAAAUUUGAAGAUCUACUGUACAUAUCUUCAUUUUUGGAAGAUGAACUUUUUCAUUAUAAAUUGGUCCUUAACUUUUAUUUAUUUUUAUCUUUUGCCAAAAUAAACUAUAUGCUUUAAUAUAAUCCAAUUAAUUUCAAAAUUUUGACUAUUAUUUUUAUCUAAUCAGAUGUAUAUAUUAAAAACAUAUGAAUAUUUGUUUUAAGAACUGUUUAACUCGAUUUAAAAGAAUCAAAGAUAAAUAAGCUCAUUUUUUAUUCUAAAUACUUUUGUUAAUCAAUUGUAGAAAAAGUUAUAUAUAGUGUUUUUAUACAAAUUAUGAUGUUUUUUGUGUUUGUUUAUUCAUGUUAUGUAAUAAACUCAUUAUAUGAGAAUAUUAAAUUUAUAUUAAAUAAUGAUUAUGUUGGAUUAUUGUUAAAACAAAAUAGUUAGGUAAAAUAAGUAAAUAUAAAAAAGUAUAAGGUGUCUAUUGAUAAUUAAUGAUAAAGUGGAGAUGGAAUAUACUUAGAAUAUUUCUUUUAUAAGAAAGAAAUGAAGCAAACCAUUGGAGUGAAUGUUACUUCAUUUUUUUUUUCAUUUUGAAAAUAGUGAACUUUUGAAGAUAAAAAUGAAGCCAACCAUUAGAGAUGUUCUUAUGGCUUCAAAAGUAUUAUAUAGACUGGCCUUUGUGUUAGACUUUUGUUGUUACGAUUGUUUUGUGAUGAUAGGAGUUUCAAGGCUCCUAAUCAAAUGUUGUAGAUUAAAGGAUGUCAAACCAAUCCUAAGUGAUUAUGAUGCAAAGAGAAUGUAAGACCAUGCUUAAUCUAAGUGCUACCAGUUUUUGAGAUGAUUUUAAACUAGAUUACUACCUAAAAUGCAAUAAAAGACAAAGCUUUCUUUCUUAUAAGAAGGGAGAAUUCAUGGGCUAUAGGAAUUGAUCUUGGGUGAUCAAGAUUCAACCUAAAGGUGUCAAAUGUUGGGCUCCUAAUCAAAUGUUAGGAUAUCAUUUUGCUCAUUUUUGAACCUUUGUUUUAUUUUGUAAAGCUCUGUCUAUUUAGACUUUCACUCAUUGAAUAAAAUAUCAAAGAAAAAAAAUUAUAUUUUAUGGGAAUUAAUAAUGUAGUUCUGUUUGGUGACAGAAUUAAUAUUGUCAACAGUAGAGUUUCCACCUUUCGUAUAAUUUGGUUUUAAUUUCUAAUUGUUUAAAGACUUUUUAAUCCCACAAAAACUAUAAAAAACAAUAAAUUGGAAGACCACAUGAUCAAUUAAACUUAACCUUAUAUUGCAGACUAAUUAAACUUACCCUUAUAUUGCAGACGUAUUACGCAUAGUAGUGACAUCUCUGUGGUCCAAACUGAUCAACCUUUCAACAUACAAAGAACUUCCGACGUCAUAGAUUUACGAUUUACAGUACUUUGUGUAUUCGUAAAGUUUGAAUCAUUUCUGAUUUCUAUGAUUCACGGGUAUUGCACUCAACUGACGUUUCCGAAACGUUUCCCAUGUAUAAUAACUAAUAAGUGUCUGCAUUGUUUGUCAUGAUCUUCAACACAAAAACACUAAAAUAAUCUGUCUUUUUCGUUUUAUGUCCUUUUUCUAUAAAACUAAUUGACUUUCAUGUAUGUAUUAGAAGUAAAAACAGUAUUACUGUACGUUUAUACAGCUUAGGAUGUUUUUUCUUUUUGAGAAUUGUUAUAGUUUUUGAUGUUAAUAACCAUAACAAUAUAUGCCAUCUUGAUAUACGAAUCAGAACUUGUAAAGUAAUACUAGAUUUUGACCCGCGCCUUCUAAGCGCGGAUUUAUUUUUGAAAUUAAAUAAAUUCUUCUUAUAUAAGAGAUAAUGUAUAGGUUUGAGUAUAUUUACCAGAGUGCAUUGAACUGUACCAAACUGGAAAAAAACUCAAAAUUAAGCUGAAUUUCAUAAAUAAUCGAACAUAGAAAAAAUAGAAACCAAAGUAAGGACCAAAUGAGUAUUUAAAAUUUUAAAAUACAAAUUAUAUACCUAUUAAACAUAGCUAAACCAUUAAAAAUUUAUACUAUUAAUAAAAUUAUAUGUGGUAAUGAUCACAUUUGAAUAAUUUGUCAUAUAUCUAUAUGGAUUUAUUGUUAGAGCAAUUAUAUAAUAGACUAUAAGAGAAUAAUAAAUGAAUUCAUUUAAAUUAUGUAAAGUAUUUAUAUAGUUUGAAAAAUAUAAGUUAAGACCAAAUAAAUAGUUAAGUCUAGUGAAAUGGUCCAAUAACCUUGUUUAAGUAGAUUUUUAGGAAUGAUUCCUAGUAUAGAUAACUUGCCUCAAAUUCUAUCUCCUGAGAAGCUUGAGACUUUCUUAAAUUAAAACAAAAGUGUCUCAUGUUAAAACUUAAAACCUUGAAUAUUAUGAGAUCAGCCGCGUUGCACAAAAAAAAAGAGAUGAGCCGCAUGCCUAAAUGGAUUUAAUCUGUGAAGUGAAAUUUCUAUAAGCCCUUUAUGGCCUACUAUAUUCGCAGAUAUUUUAUUCAAUUAUUUUGCACCGUAAAAGCUGAGCUGAUGUGUCAGUUAAUCAGUCACACAGUGAUGACAUGACGUUAAAAAGAUAGAACAUUCACCGGACAUUCAAUCUAUUACUAGUAUUUUUGCACCGUAUCAGUCACAAAACGAUAAGAGAUUACGAAAAUGGAGACGUCACUUGUACUUCCGAUCGUUGAUAUUUCUUCACCGGACAAAAUCACCACUGCACGGUUGAUUCGCCGGGCAUGUGUGGAACAUGGAUUCUUCUAUGUUAAAAAUCAUGGCAUCCCGGAAGAAUUGAUGGAAGGGGUUUUCAGGGAGAGCAAAAGAUUCUUCAAUCUCCCACUAGAGGAUAAGAUGGUUUCACUACACCGUGAUUUUCUCGGUUAUACUCCACUGUAUGCUGAGAAACUCGACACGUCCUUGACCACCAUAGGUGAUUCCAAGGAAAGCUUUUUUCUUGGCUCUUCAGAAGGCGUUCGCGGUCAGUGUUACCCAAAUCAAUGGCCUUCUGAAAAUCUCUUGCCAUCAUGGAGGCAAACCAUGGAAUGUUACUACAAGAAUGUAAUAAAGUUGCUCGGCUUGGUUGCCUUGGCAUUAGAUUUAGAUGAGGACUUCUUCAUUAAAAUUGGAGCCUUGAAUGAUCCUGCAGCAGUUGUUCGGCUCAUACGCUAUCCAGGUGAAGUGAUUUCGUCGGAUGUAGAAACAUAUGGUGCCUCAGCUCACUCAGAUUAUGGAACGGUCACUCUUCUUUUGACUGAUGAAGUUCCAGGACUUCAGGUUUGUAGAGACAAAUCGAAACAACCACGCACUUGGGAAUAUGUUCCUAGACUCGGAGGGGCGUUUAUCGUCAACAUUGGUGAUUUGAUGGAGAGAUGGACCAACGGAUUGUUCCGGUCUACGUUGCACAGAGUGAUGCCGGUGGGAAAAGAGCGCUACUCGGUGGCGUUCUUCUUAGUUCCCAAUCCAGAUUGUAAUGUAGAAUGCUUGAAGACUUGUUGCAGCGAAACUUCUCCUGCAAGAUUCCCGCCUAUACUCGCCGGCGACUAUAUUAAGGAGCGUUUCAGGAUAACCUACGCCACUUAGUCCUAGUGUCUUUUAUGAUUAUAUUAUGUGAUGUAAUAAACUUCUAUCUUAUGCAUGAAAUAUGGUAUAAAAAUACAAAUAUGUUCUAGAAAAAGCUCAACUGUUUGUAGUUUAAAUUUUAUUUUCCUCCAAAACUUUCUAUUUUAGAAAACACUAAACUGUUUUAUUGAAUAAUGAAGUGGCCAUUUACUUUUGAAA